AAUUGCCAUAUAUGUACCAGGAAAGGGUGAUUUUCAGAAGAAUCUUCAGCAGAAUUCCCAAUCGAAUUGUUAUGGUACAGUAGACACUGAAAUGGAAAGCAUGACAUUUCAGCUGCUGGGAUUUUUCUUGAGUCUUCUUGGCUUAGCUGGAACCAUCACUGCGACCAUCCUGCCUCACUGGUGGAACAGUGCUCAUGUGGGAACCAAUAUCAUCACAGCUGUGGCAUACCUGAAGGGCCUCUGGAUGGAAUGUGUUUGGCACAGUACUGGGAUCUCCCAAUGUCAGUUCCACUAUUCACCGCUCGCUUUGCCUCGUGACCUUCAAGUAGCCCGGGCCAUGAUGGUGAUAUCUUGCCUUCUUUCAACUCUGGCCUGUGUAAUUGCUGUUAUUGGCAUGAAGUGUACCCAAUGUGCCAAAGGGUCCUCCACCAAAAAUAUCUUUGCUGUCCUAGGUGGAAUCCUGUUCAUACUGGCUGGAAUUGUGUGUCUCAUCCCUGUUUCUUGGACAACAAAUGAUGUGGUGACUAAUUUCUACAACCCAAUGUUGCCCAAUGGGAUGAAAUACGAGAUCGGGCAUGCGCUUUACGUUGGCUUUGUGUGUGCUUCACUGAGUAUAAUUGGUGGAACAAUCUUGUGUGCUUCAUGUCAGCAUGUGGAGAAUGACAUACAUUCCCAACAACAAUCAAGAAGUACAAGAUUAGCUCCAUCCUCCAGACCACCAAUGGCUUACAAGUCAAAUCACAGUCCUUCGCAAGCAUCUGCUUCUUACAAUGGUGACAGGUUAAAUGACUAUGUAUGAAUUCUGUGAGACUUCUCUUGUGUGUAUGUUGCUGUCAGUGUUUCUCUAACUAUGUUUGUAUAUAUUUAUACAAAUUGCAUUAUUACAUCUAUUG